AUGCCACCUCAACGCACUCCGUUAGGUCCUAUAAAUGGGAAUUCACACCGUGGGAAGGACAUUACCCCAUAUACUAGAGGGCAGAUUAUUGGGGCGCACCGAUCGGGCAAGAGAAAUUGUUCUAUCGAACGCGAGUAUGGAGUGUCACUAGCAGCCGUUAAGUCGACCAUUGCUAACGAGAAUCACCAACCCGAGGGUAUUUCUAAGAAGAGGCCUAGCGGACCAAAGAUUUAUUCGGAACGGGACUGUCGAAUUAUGCUACGCAAUUUACGAUUACACCCAAAAAUGACUUUUGACGAGCGCCGGGCGGAAACUGGGCUUAAAUGUAUGAAUACUUGGAUUAAAGACCUUGCGCGUAAGAAUGGGCUACACCACUGGCGUGUAAAGAAGCGCCCCGAACUCACAGACGAGAUUGCCCUUCUAAGAUACGAAUGGGCACAAGUUAGAAGGCAUUGGGAUGUAGAAAGGUGGAGGAAAUAUAUGUGGAGUAAUGAGUGUUCGGCAGAGCGGGGCAAAGGCCAAAAGCAGAUCUGGGUCUUUGGAAUACCGGUUGAGAAAUGGAUACUAAAGAACGUCUCAACCUAUAAAAAAGGAAAAGGAUUAAGGAUUAUGGUCUGGGCAAUGUUUUGGGGCAAUGGAGAGAGGACGCCACUAUACAUUAUAGACCGUGACUUUGAGUCAAAGAAACAAGGGUACUCGGCAUCGUCCUACAUCGAGUACGGUCUCCCUUCCUAUGUCGAGGAUCCAGUAUUCUGGUCUUCAGGCACGGAAGGUUAUUGUCCAAACAUCGACUUAAACGCUAUUCUUGACGAUACAUCUUCUUUUUCUCAUGAGACACCGAUUCAAGAUCUCUCUCAUCCUCAAUUCGAACAGUUUGAAGACGGUUAUUUGGAAGGGCAUGUAAACGCCGCUCCAACAAUUUCACCCUUGGCACAUAAACCACACCUAUCUCAACUGCUACCACGCCAUUCACCAGCAUCAGGCUCAUUGAACGGGGCGAGCUCUGGAACAGCCCAAGUUACCCCAGAGCUUCCGCAAUCAAACUUCAAUCAACAUUUUCAAGUGUUCACUACUCCAACUGGUAAUCCACCUUCCUGGUUCAGAUAUCCAUCAUUUAUCAACGACAAAACAGUGAUAACUGCUGGCGGUUCUGUUCCUGGGGUCUCGGAGAGUACAUCAUUCCAAUCAAGUUACCAAUCUUCAAAGUAUCCAGUCGUAAGCCAAACACAGCUUGACACUGGCCUUGCUACCUUUGACAAAACAUUGGAAGAUCAAGUCCCUAGAGUUCCACUCCCUGAGCCUCAACUCCAGAACAACCUAAGUCUGAGCUGCAAACUUUGCAAGAAGAACUUUCGUCGCCCUUGUGACCUCAGUUAA